AGGAAACCAAUCCUACAAAGCUCAAAUAAACUUUAUCAGACACCAUGGCUGGAGCCAUCACUGGGUCUUGGUUUCCGACUGGAUUUCAUGGACAUGCCCGCAGUAAAUCACGGAAUGACAUAUUUCAGGAAUACAGACAACGGGCCAAGCCACCCCCUCCCGAGAAACUUAUAAAACGACUCCGGGAGAACCCUUUGAAACACAACUUUUCCAAACAUGAUAGUCGGCAAGUGUUUCACGACAGUGCCACAUAUCUGGAGAAUAGCAAUGCUAUAAGUCGGGCAAAAACUGCUUUUGGAAGAAGCAGUGAAUUUAAGAAAGAUUUUAUUUCCUGGAUUCCGAUUCAGACUGACAGACAACAACAAUGGCCAUUAGUAUCCACAUACAAAGCAGAUUUCUGGCAUCACAGAAAUCUGCAAUCCACAGAUGUGAUGAUUCCUCAGCUACUCGUCCCACGAGGUCGACCACUGAUAACAGCUGUUCAUCCUAGAUCAGAAAUAAUGCAAACGACGUAUCGCCAAUUCUACAGCCACUGCCAGCCGAAUCCAAACAUUUAUACAAAUGUCUUUACUGGACAAGUGCAGAGUUCACCCAUGGAAAAGGAAGCAACAUUUGUCUAUGUGAAUCCCAAACCAAAGACAGCAAGUGGAACAUGUAGAGCAAGAUCUUUAUUGUCACAGUGUUCCACUGUUGCUGACUGUCUUUCUUGGCCUGUCCCAAAACCAAAUGCAACAAAUGAUUGAAAAUUGAAUGACAAACAAAUUAGUACAAGACGAAAACAAGUUCAUCCCAGACCUUCUCGACAACUUGAUAUACUGGGAAAAAAGUCUGUACUUUAUUUUUUAAGUUUGCCUUUUCAGGUAAUUUUAGGGAAUUGAAUGAGGAGACAGUUAACAAAUAAUCUUCUAUAUGUGGAAAAUAAUUUACAUGGAGUCUUGAGCCAGCAGCUAUUUAUUCUGUCACAAUGCAAUAGAAUUGGAAGGGGAAUGUUUUGUAAAAGCUGUGUAUUUUCAAAGGAUUGCUGAAAGGUUGCUCCUAAUUAGGCAAUGCAUGGCUACACACUCAGAGUAAGAGACCACAGAAUGUUGGUUUGGGAACUGUGGGUUAGGGAAAUGAUUUCUGAAUUUGAGACUGAGGAUAAAUUUUGGAGAGAAGUGGGAGUUUUACUUAAUAUUUGGUUAUGGUACACCUGGCCUGCACUUGUUUGCCAACAAAGGAUUCUGUAAAUCCACUGUUUGAGUUUGAUUCCACUGUCCUGACAUUUCUCAUUUUGAUCACAAUUUGUGAAACAUAUUCUUUAUGAAGAUGUCUCAGACCCCAUGUUUUUAUUUAUCCUGGAAACACCAGAGUAGGACAGAUGGUGAAUUGCAGGAACUAACUCAAAAGUGAAUUGGAUUAAAUGAGCAUAAUGUGGAAAUAAAGAAGCAGAGGAAAUUUAAUAUAAUCUGGUCCAAGUUGCUACACAUAAGCUGGAUGCUACACAUGUAUACUGCAUGGGUUUUGCUGAGAGCUGAAGAAAAAAAUGGAAUGAGAGCCAGACUGUAGUAAGUUUGUCCGACUGAUGUAGGACAACGAUUAAUCAAACCAAGUUGGUGUUAACGUGUAUUAUUACUGGGUUAGUAGUCCAGAGCACAUAAAUUCGAAUUCAAUUAUUGUAAUUUGAUCAUUUAAAUUCAAUUUUAAAAUUUUGGAACAAAACAAACUAGUAUUCAUAAAAAGUAAUCAUAAAGCCAAUCUCCUUUUUAAAAAAUUGCUUUAUUAAUGUUCUUUCAGAAAAGGAACCUUACCAAGUCUGGUCUAUUUUCACAUUGUUAUCUUUCCUAAUGCAACUGACUCUUAACUGUCCUCUGAAGUUGUCUAGCAAGCUAUUCAGUUGUUAGACCAACUAGGGAUGGACACCCACAAUUUGAGGCUGAACUACAAAAAAAAAGCUAAAACAGUUAAGCAUAAUUGAUAAUUAUUCAUGAUCAAAAUGUACAGUGCUCUGAUCAGACCAACCCUGGAGACUGUGUUAUGACCUGGUCACUGAGACACAAAGAUUUGUUCAAGUGCUUGAGAUGGUUCCAAAAGGGAGACUCAAGAGAAUCCUAGUGACUCAAAUAUAAGCAAUUGCUUUGAGUUGAAACUUUUCAUCUUGCAAAAAUCAGGACUGAGAUGCAAGAAACCUAACAUGGAAAGAGAACUAUAUUACAACAAGAGAAGAGGGUGCUGAUUGGUUGCACCAUAGUUGGCAUGGAGAUACACAGGAACAGCACCUGCCUCCCCCACUGACUUUUUACUCCGAAUCUCCAAACAUGCCCUUAUAAAAUGUGGAAGAUGCGGGUGCUUUAAUUCAGCCAUGCUUUAAGUAAUUGAGGGAUUUGGCUUCAUCCAUGUUAUUGACUCAAAAAUUAAGCAACUGAACCCAAUAGGGCAGGGCUACUGCUAAUUAGAUAACAAUGAUAUUUUUAUGGCUUUAGACUUUAAAAAUAAUAUUCAGUGUAAAACUUACCAUCCUAUGCUUAACCAGAAUAUUUUUAUUUUAUUAAUAAGUUGAUAUGUUGAGCGAAGUCCUUAUCAUAUCAAAAAUAACUGACACAAGGAUAUUGAGCUGUUAUGUAUGGUGUUACAAUCAUCCACUUGGAUGUUUGUUCCAGCAUUUCCCAAUGUGAUAACAUAUUGUUGAAAACAAACAAGCCACUUAAUCUAUUAAGAAGCAAAAGGCAGUUUCAGUUUAAACAGGCAACAAGUUUCCAGGCUCAAUCAUGCAAUCAAAGGUAGCAAAUCAUAAUCGGUGAGUCAAUCAGCACCAUUCUGAUUGUGGCUCUUUGUAUUCAAUUUUAUCGUAUUGGUAGAACCUGUGAGCUCAAGUACUUGCAUCUUCACUUGUGAAGUGGUUUGUGGCCUGGGAGUAGCUGAGUAACAAUACUAGAGAACUUAUGUGUCAUUAACAAAGUGGAUUAAGACUCUACUCAAUGCACAUCUUGCUGUCUGUUCACUUUGUACUGCAUAAGUAUGUUUCCAUUAUAUCAGCCCAUGUUUGACCAGUAUGCUAUCCAUCUUGCCUGUUCAUUGCAAGAAGUACAUCACACUUCUUCCUCCUAGUUUCCCCAUUAUAUUAGCUACCUGACCAUUCAGUUGAUAAUUAUCCCCAAUCCAUUUGGUUCUGAGAAAUCAAUGGUACUCAUCUUGCCAGUCAUUCAUUACUAGGUCAUUGCUUUCCUCAUGUCUUCUUCAGAGGUCAGAGUAUAUUUUAGAGCUUAAAAAUGUGU